UACAGGACAAACUAACUCUAGCUAAAAAUGACUGGUCGCGGCAAAGGAGGUAAAGGACUCGGUAAAGGAGGUGCUAAGCGUCAUCGCAAGGUUCUUCGUGAUAACAUCCAGGGUAUCACUAAACCCGCCAUCCGUCGUCUGGCGCGCCGUGGAGGAGUGAAACGUAUCUCCGGUUUGAUCUACGAGGAAACCCGAGGUGUGCUGAAGGUUUUCCUGGAAAACGUAAUCCGUGACGCAGUCACUUAUACCGAACACGCCAAACGUAAGACCGUCACCGCCAUGGAUGUCGUCUAUGCGCUGAAACGCCAGGGACGCACUCUGUACGGUUUCGGAGGUUAAAACGGUUCGACCAAAGAUAUUCCCACAAAAGGUCCUUCUAAGGGCCACCAAAUUAAUGAAUGAAAGUUAGUUAUUUAUCUCAUUUUCAAGCUAGAGUCUUAGAACUAAGCUUUGAAGCAUCUUGAACAUUCAAUUCAUGUAGAACAAGCUCUAGUUUCAAAUCUCAAAAAAAAAACCUAAAUAAACAUCCUGAUUGAGAACAAUUUGACUAGAAUCGCUAUUCUGAAGCAUGAGUUGCGUCAACAUUAAAUUCAACUGAGGUAUCGUAUUAAAAAUUUAC